AUGGAUGCUCUGCGGGCGUGGAUAUGGUCUGAUCUGGACGUUAUCAUGGUUGGCACAUGGAUGUUUUGCGGGCAUGGAUAUGGUCUGACCUGGACGUUAUCAUGGCCGGCACAUGGAUGCUGUAUACGGGCAUGGAUAUGGUCUGAUCUGGACGUGAUCAUGGUUGGCACAUGGAUGCUCUGCGGGCAUGGAUAUGGUCUGAUCUGGACGUUAUCAUGGUUGGCACAUGGAUGCUCUGCGGGCAUGGAUAUAUGGUCUGAUCUGGACGUUAUCAUGGUUGGCACAUGGAUGCUCUGCGGGCAUGGAUAUGGUCUGAUCUGGACGUUAUCAUGGUUGGCACAUGGAUGCUCUGCGUGCAUGGAUAUGGAACAGAACCGAGCACACAACAAGAAGAGGGAACGCAGUGCGGGCGCGUCCGGCUUCAAAAAAGCCCUGAAAUUUGAGGAGGACGCGGUCAAGCAAUCUCUUGCUGACGAUUCGCUCGACCCAGAUGCGAUGGUAGUGCUGGCCUUCCACGCCUUUGCCCGCACGUCAGGCAAGCUUGGUUGUUGCGCAGUGGUGACCACAAGAGAGCUCUUGCGGGUACCUCCUCGUGUUGCCAAUCCCGAUUUCCUGAAGAUGGCGGUCGACGCCACAUUUCGAGACAUUUUCGGUGAUUGGAAGCUCAUGCCGCUGCGCGUGCUGUCUAAACAUUUGGCUUCCACGACCCUCGAACAAGGCCUCAUGGGUAAGUCGUGGUGCACGCAUUGCACACCAGUCCUGUACUGCGUCACUAACUCCGACGGCGCGGCGUCUUGUGAGCGUCUUCUGCACAUCUUUGACCACGCGCGCCCGAGUCCGUUGGGCAGCGAUCGGAAACGCCCCGAUCUGACCAAGGCGGCGGAUGCUGAGCAGCUCUUCCGGAACUGGGAUGUCUUCAACGCGGAGGUCAUGUCCCAGUUCACGGCGCUGUGGAAGACACUGGGGCAGCUGCAGGAAGAGGCGCUACGCGAGCGCCGGGAGAAGGAAGAGCUCAGGCACGAAAAUCGGCAGCUUCAGAUGCGCCUGGACCGCCUCAGCCAAGAUGUAGAGGCAAAUGCGGCCUUGGCCUGUGAUAUCCCCAUGCAGGGCUCACUACAGACGAUUCGGUAUCUUCAGGAGCCCGUGGAUGGCCCAGAUGGAGUGGAGGCCACUGCACUGAGGAUGGUGGUUUACGACUGGCCCUCUGCCGAGGUUGCCACGGAAGUGACUGCAAUCCUGCUGUCAGAGGUCCUGGGCUACCAUGUCGACAUCAACCCUCAGAAGACGACUGGUUCUGUUGAAAGCGCUUUGCAGCUUGCCGGCUGUGUAUCUUUCGACUGCUUAGAAAGGCAAAGGCGCAGCCAUGUUGCCAUGGACACCUGGCUAGCAGGAUUACCGGGCGAGCUUGCAAACUUCGAGCGAACGCAUCCCAACCUGGCCGCCAGGAAUUUAGGCUCCAUGGGGUACAUCGGCUCGGACACACUUUACGUGAAAGGCCCCGGUCGUGACGAGGCUUACUACACAUCUGGACUGGCACUGGAUUUCUACAAGAGUUACAACACCUCGUUGCAUGAUCCUGCGAAAUUCUUCAGCAGGGUGUCCGAUCUGGAUACGGCUUCGUUUGCCCCCUGCAACUCGAGCGAGCACGAGUUCACCAACGAUGCGCAGAUGAGGCUCUAUCGAAAUUGGACGGGAGACGGGGAUGGCGUCCUCGAAACUGCAGCUGGAGUCAUGGCGAACUGUGCCGAUGGCUACUUCUGGACGUCUCCGGCUUGUCGUCACAACAUCUCGGAAUGCAUUCCCUUGCUCGCCGCCGGAUUUGGAUGGAACAUUUACGUGUUCAUGCAAUGGUCCACGUUCUUUGGGAUGCCCACGGCAAUUGGUAUCCCCAAGGGAGAGGAGCAGCGGAGAUCCCUGGUGGAAAACUUCCGGACGCUCUUCCACUGGUGGUCACCUGAUGCUGCCUUCCUUCACCUGGACGCCUCACAGGUAGUCUUCCCGCGACAUAAGAGGCGCGAGUGGGAGGCUGGUCUCUAUCGGACCGGAUAUCCUGAGAACUCGAUCGUGAAGCUCGCGGCGGGUCAGCUUGUGGCCAUGGCGCCUCGAGUGUACCAAUUCUUGGAAAACUUGAGACUGGACCUCGAGGACAUGCAAAGCCUCCUGUUGGAGGUGGAGCAUGGAGCGACCUUGCAAGUUGCUGCAUGCAGCUGGGUUCGAAACAAUACAGAGAUCUGGACCACUUGGAUUCCUGUGGAUACACAGUGCCUGCCAGGAGAUGGUCUGCAAGACUCCGACGGACAGCACCUGGCUAAUCGAUCUACCGCAGUCGGUUGCUCAUCUUGCCGUCCCGGCAAUUUCUCCCGAUCGAUCUUGGAUAACGAGGGCGAAACGUACCUGUGCAAGCCCUGCCCAGCAGGAACCUACGAGAACGCCUUCGGCAAGACCGUUUGUGUCAGCUGCGAUGUGGGGACCUUCACAGACGCUGCCGGCAGUGCUCACUGUGUUCGGUGCGAUCUGGGUCGAUUUGCAAAUGUUUCUGGCAUGACCCAAUGUCAUGCCUGCGGCGCCGAACACUGGACCACAAGUCAGCGCAUUGUGAGCGAUGAUGUAGACAGAUGGCUGGAAGUGGACGGAGCGACUUCUGCAUCUUUUUGCAGCUGUGUGGAAGGUUGGUUUCUGAACAAGCAUGGGCUCUGCGAGCGGUGCUUGCGGGGCUCAGAGUGCAUCGGGAGCAUGGUUUACAGAUGCUUUGGACGAUCCUCUCGCUGCUCGGGCGGGCCUGCCGGUUCCUGUGCACCUGGCCGUGAUCCUGAAACUGUGACGUGUCAUGGGUGUCUCCCCGGACUGCGGCCGCUGGACAACGGUUCCUGUGGACCCUGCGGCGGCACUUCCUACCUCGCCUUUGCAAUCGCCGUUGUUUUCCUGGUGUUCGGCGUUGCAUUGCUCUACAUCGUCUUAGUCAUGGACGCCGAGCAGGCGACGCAGCCCGGGCACACUUUUGUGGGCGUCGUUGCAGCGAGCCAGCUCCUGACACUGGUUCAGCAACUUGUGGUUGUCCGAAAUCUGGGCAUUGAGUGGCAGGAGCCUUUGAAAGAGUAUCUGGAGCUAUUGGCGGUUUUUGGCGUGGACUUGGACAUGAUUUCUCUUUCAUGUAUCGCCAGUGUGAGCCCCGUCUUGAAGUAUGUGUUGACUGUGUCUGCUACGCCCAUUCUUGCAGCGAUCGCCGUGGUACUGCAUCUAUCAGCGCUUGCCUUCAAGAAGUACAUCAAGCAGGGACUUCGUGUGAGGCUGGACUUUAGCCAGCUCCUUCGCACCGUCGGGUCCCUCAUCGGGAUCCUAUUUAUCAGCAUCUUCACGAUCGGUGCGGCAGCAUGCUUGAUGCCGCUCUGCUUCCUUAGCCUUUGCUUCUGGAUCAUCUUUGUAAAGCUCCCCCGCUGGUUGCGGCGUGCCGAUGCUGUGUACUUUAGAGCUUGCUCAUUCCUCUGGAUGCGCUUUCGACCUGGUGCAGAGCGCUUCUCGAUUUUCUUUCUCUGCCGAAACGCUCUUAUUGUGCUGUGCCCGUUGCUUCCCUCCUUGUCCAUUAAGCUGGUGGUGCUGAAUGUGCUCCUUUACUCGAGCUUGAUAGCCACGACGAUUUCUUUGGUCUUCAUCCUGAUCAUGGUAAGGGACACCGAGACCUGCGUCGUCCUCGCAAGUCCGGGGAUUUUGGCCCGCAAGUGGUGUGUUGGCGAGAUCGUAACUGCCAAGCUACACAACGUACACACCGUAAUGGUGAGGUGGCCAAACUUCGCAGACCCUACUGCGAUGAUGUACGAGAAACUGGAGUUUGCCAUUCCAGGCAUUGAGGCCUUAACGGCCUACAGCAUAUCGGUUGACGACGUGUGCAAGACACUGCGCUGGAUGAGGACCCUCGAAUGCAUCGCUUUCCCCCACUGCUUGAAUUUGGAGAGUGCCUCAACGGCAAUUGGCAGUCCUUCGUCCUACUAA